AUGAGUUCUAUUGUAUCAUCAAAAAUUAUCGAUGAUAAUCGUUUACUGAAUAGACGAAGAUCAAGAUUAAUCGACAAUAGACGGUUUCGUUUUGCACCAAUAUGGCCUGAAUGGAAUGAAGCAGAGAUAAAUGCUGAGCCAUGGGAUGCUGGAAAUGUAAAAAAGAAAGAUACGCCUGUGGUCAGAGCUCGUCCUGAUUUAAAAACAAAUGUUGCAAUGUAUGCGCAUGGCUUUGAAGAUCCUGAAGGUAAAGUUGAGCUUCCUCCAUCACUCAAAGUAGAACAAUGGAAAAGACCUAUCGAGUUUUUGGCAGUCGAUAAGUCUCCAGUAGUUGUUGAUCCUGAUGUUGGCAUUCAAAAUUUUGAUUUAGUUACACCAAAUGAACAUUUACAUCAUAGUGAAACAAUGCGAAAAAUUAUUAGUGAAAUUACAGCUCUAUGGGAUAUUUGUCGGAAAGAACGAAAAAAUAUUAAUACAACAACACAUAAUAUUAAUGAAUUUAAUACAAGUGAACGAACAUGGCGUCCUUGGGAACAUAUAUACGCAUUGAAUAAAGUAUCUAAACAACCGUUUAUUACUCCAUACAAUACUUCUGGCAAAUAUAUUGUUCGACUUUUCUUCCUGGGUACUUGGCGUAAGAUUAUCAUUGAUGAUACUAUUCCAUUUGAUUCUGAAAAUCGAUGUCUUCUACCGCAAACAUCAUUAUCAUAUGAACUUUGGCCAAUGCUUUUAUCAAAAGCUUUAUUAAAAAUAAUUUCUCUUGAUUUCAAUACGUCGAAUGAUUUUUCUGAAUCCAAUGAGACCUCAGUUAUUCAUUCACUUACUGGUUGGAUACCAGAACCUAUUCCUCUCAAAUAUACUCAUGCUGAAAAAGUAUGGGACUUUCUUCGUUACGAUCGUUCUAAUCAAUACAUUGCUGAAAAUGAGAAUGGAAUAAAUAAAAAUACAUCAUCUUUUGGACCUAUACCAGUAUUUAAAUGGCCUGACUCAAAAGUUUAUCUACAUGAAGAAACAAUAUUAAUGAAUGUAAAUGAUACAUCAGAACAUUUCGAUGAUAAAAAACCAGAGGAUAAACAUUUAAAAAAACGAGAAUCAUCUCUUAGCCAGAUUGCUCCGAAAGAUCCGACAAUAAUUAAAUCGAUUAAUACCAAAGAAAAUCGAACAACUGGUAGUCCAAACCUUAAAACUGCAAAUGAUACAAAAAAAAUAAUCGGAACAGGUCGUGGUGGUCCAAUAGAAGAUUCUGGAUUUUUUAUCGAUGAUCAAAUGAUUCCUGAAGCGCCGAAAAUGAUUGUUUUUGCUGCCACACCUCACUUACAACCAACUCGUAUGAGUUCAUAUAGUGAAACAGCUGAUAGAAGUGAACGAUUAAGACAUUAUAAUUUAAAUGAUACAUUUUCAACAUCAGUACUACUCACGUCUAUUCGAGAUAUUCCAUUAGAACCACCGCCGCCACCGGAAUAUGUACCUCCUUGGAAACUUAUUCGACCAAAGAAACCUAUAAUAUUACCUCAUGCUGAACCUAUAACUCCGCAUGAAUCUAAACCUGAACGUUGGAUUGAAAUUACGUCACCUUAUAUAAAUUAUCCAAUAGCAAGUGCUCUUAAUAUAAAACCAACAAUUCGAUCUCAUCCGAUUGAUAGUAAUGUUACCAUUGUCAAUUCAUCUUCACGUUUUAAUCGUUUAGCGAAACAUUUAACUGUAUCUGAUCAAUCAAAUAUUAUUGAAAUAGAUGAAAAUGAAGAUAUUGAGAACGGAAAACAAAAACCCGAAUUGAUCGUCGAUUUCGUUCAAAGUACUACAAAUAUAAAGUCAACAUCAAUAAGAAAACAGGCAAAUAUUUUUUCACAUGUAAUUAGUAUUCAAGAAAAAUCUGAUGAUUCAUUACGUAGUACAGGAUGCAAGCCAAAAUGUGAAAUGUCAAUCGAUAGAACUAAAACUCCUCGAAAAUCUGCUGCAAGUGGUACAAAAAUAUCAUCUGAUACUAUAUCAAUGAAAAGCAAAGGUAGUGAAAAUGAGCAACUUACAAUACCAAUUGAUGUACACGCAAUAGGAAAUAAUCAUGAACAACAAAAUUGUCCAUUAACUAAUCUAAAAGCAAUAAAAAAAUCAUAUAUAACACCCAAAAUAUGGAUGGAUUUUAAUGACUUUUGUGCUUGUUUUACUUCAAUUAUUGUUUUUCAUAAUCCUCGUGGUUAUCACUAUGCACGUAAACAUACAGAAAUAAAAAAUCUACAAGAUGAUAAACCUUCAUUAUAUUUAUUUGUCGAUAGUACACGUGAAACAUUAGAUAAAAAUAUUCAGUUAAUUAUUAGUUUAACAUGUUUAUCACGAUGGUAUGAUACUUUACUACCGGAAUUUAUUGGAUUAAAUGAAAAAAGUUUUCGUAAUAUAAAUAUUUACACUGAAAAAACUCUAACUGAUGGUAAUCCAACAAGAAACACAGGUUAUUAA